GUGCAGAGUUUGAUGAUGACCAGCUGCCUCUUCCAAAGACCCAUCGCAGACAAAGUACAAAUGACAGACCGCGGAGACAGACGGGUGGCCAGCCCCCCCAGUUCGAGAGUCCGACCCCCCCUCCCCCUGACAUGGACUGUGACGUCAGGGGGCCUGCCAAAAACACCUGCCCCAUGCUGCUGGUCGCAGACUACAGGUUCUUCCAAGAGAUGGGCCAGAGAAGCCUGCGCCAGACUAUCAACUAUCUGAUCAACUUGGUUGAAGGAGUGGACAGAAUAUUCCGCUGUACACAGUGGGGGAAGGACAUGGGAGGAUUCGGAUUUGAGAUUCAGGAGAUCAAAGUCCACGAGGAGCCAACUCCAGAAGGCGGGGAGGAACAUUACAACAUGGACAUGAAGGGACUGACUGGGGUGGACUGGCAAGUCAGGGACCUACUCGCUAACUUCAGUCUCCAUGACUACAGUAAGUUCUGUCUGGCGCAUCUCUUCACCUACCAAGACUUCGACAAUGGAGUUCUAGGACUGGGCUGGGUCGGAACUGACCGUAAACAAGGCAUCGGGGGCAUCUGCACCGAGGAGUUGCGGUGUAAUGACGAAGACAUGAAGGAAUAUCAAAUCUGCCAGGAGGCCAGGAAUGCACAUGCCUAUCUCCCUGCAGUGUACAGAAAGCAGGAGGUCACGCUGUACCUGAACACUGGCCUGACCAGUACACUCAACUGGAAACGGCGCAUCCUGACGCGGGAAGCAGAUCUCGUCACCGCACACGAACUCGGACACAACUUUGGUAGCGAGCACGACACGGACAAUCUUGAGUGCUCGCCGAACCCAGAACAGGGUGGGAAGUACAUCAUGUACCAAGUGGCUGUCAGCGGCGAGGAGAGAAAUAAUAAGCUGUUCUCCAACUGCAGUAAGCGGGCCAUAUAUAAGGUUCUCUCAGCCAAACACUCCCUGUGUUUUGUAGAGCCGCAGAAGUCCCUCUGUGGGAACUAUCGUGUGGAGGAAGGGGAGGAUUGUGAUGCUGGUCACCUCGGGAACAAGAACACGGACCCCUGCUGUACCCGGGAGUGUAAGUUCAGGGGAAACGCCGUCUGUAGUGACAACAACUCCCCCUGCUGUCUGAACUGCACCUUCUCCCCGAGCUCCUACAUCUGUCGGCAGGCCGCGCCUCCCGAGGACGACGCAACCUGCAAACAAGCCGCCUACUGCACUGGGACCAGUCCUGACUGUCCAGAAUCUGAACCCCGAAACAACGGCACCUGCAUUGCGGAUGGCCAGUGUAGGAAUGGAACCUGCCUGCCUUUCUGUGAGAGUCGUGGGCUCCAAUCCUGCCUGUGUCAAAAUGUGAGCGAGUCAUGUAACGUGUGCUGUAUGAACAUGUCCCACCCCCACGGCAUGUGUAAACCUUACCGAGAAACUCCCCAGUCUGACCUGAGGUGGCAACAAGCCGGCAAACCCUGCAUACAAGGUGUCUGCACUGACGAUGGCACGUGUGAGAAAAAGGCCCAGGAUGUGGUGAAACGCUUCUGGGACAUUAUCCAGUGGAUUUCACCUGACAAAAUUGCGGAGACCAUGGCAGCCAACAUUGUGGGGACUGUGCUGAUUCUGUCCCUGAUGUUCUGGGUACCGUGUGGCUGUCUGGUGCAUGUGGUGGACAAGAGGAGGCUGAAGAAGAGGCAGCUUGAAGAAGAAGCAUCUAAGAACACACUAGUGCGUGAGGAAGACAAGCAUCGCAUCAAGCCCGGGUCCGUCCAGUGGCUGCCGACAUCCCGCGGGUCUCGUCUCCCCACCCUCGGGCCGCUGAAAUCUGACGCAUCCAGCCCUCCGCUACGCCAGCGGCCAACACUACGCCGGCUUCGCCACGACGCAACGAGCGACGACGCCCAGCCCCCCUCCCCAACGUCGAGCACGGACACAGUCCCGAUAGACGACCUGCUGGCACAGUAUACGGACAAGGUGACUGCACUGGCCGCUGCUAGUGAUGAUAGGCUAGAUGACUCUAUCGGUACAAGUAAUGUAGACGUAGACGUAGAAAUAGCCCCAGUAGAGAGAGAAACUGUCAUUUAGACUGAUAUUAGGGCUCUUUUGAAAGAAGAAAAACAAAACUAGAAAGGUAACAUUUGCAAAGCAGAUGCAUAA